AUGGAUCAAGAGACGCCAGAAAGUACAGUAAAUCAUGGAAAACGAACACGACCUUUGUUACUUCAACCGAGUCCGAAGAUCGCUCGAGUGUCGGCUUACGGAAAUUCAUCAAGUGCUGUGCUUAAAAACUCAAAAAAGUUGGGCCCACAUUCGCUCAAAAAAUCUAAACUGCUUUACAACAAGAGCGAUGUCCCACCCCCAGGAACUCCCGUACCAGAUAAGCACGUUCGCAAGGCUGGGCCAUACUUACUCGGUCCAAAGCUUGGGCCGAGUCCAGUUAAAAGUAUUGUUCAAUGUUUAGCACGAAAAGAAAGAACAGAUGAGUUUUAUCAAAUUAAAAUUUUGACUUUGCGCAAUGAGGGUCAGCCUGAGACACAAGAUGACAGACAGGGAAAGAUGUUACUGCACACGGAAUAUUCUCUUUUGUCGUUAUUAAAGGAUCAGGAUGGUGUAGUCCAUCAUCAUGGACUUUUUAAGGACCAUGCUCUUGAAGAAAUCCCCAACCCGAAUGGGCCAGGUUUUGUGUACACUGGCCGAGUUCGACAGAGGCUAUUUCUGGUUUUAGACUGUGUCACCUCCCACCAGUUUAGCGAAAAGGGCAGUGAACUGAUUAACCUGCAGCAGUAUGUUACGAAAGUUAAAAAAGUGCCAGAGAAAGAAGCUGUUCUUAUAUUUUAUGAUAUUGUUAGGGUUGUUGCAAAUUUGCAUAAGAGAAACAUAGUGCAUAGAGACCUGAAAUUAGGUAACAUAGUGCUAAACCAAAGAACUGGACGUAUAACCAUCACUAAUUUCUGCUUGGGCACUCAUUUAGGCAGCGACCGGGACUUGUUGAAGGAUCAGAGAGGUUCACCAGCCUAUAUUUCACCAGAUGUGCUGAUGUGCAAACCAUACCUGGGAAAGCCUUCUGACAUGUGGGCACUUGGUGUAGUACUUUAUACAAUGUUGUACGGUCAGUUCCCAUUUUGCGACACAAGCCUUGCGCAGCUCUUUAGUCGGAUACAGGCCGCAAAUUAUAAUAUACCGCCGGACGGUAAUUCAGUUCAAGUUUCGGACAACACAGUGUUUCUGAUUCAAAGGCUGCUUGUGAAGGAUCCCAAACACAGAUUGCUGGCAGAUGAUGUUUUAGACCAACUGUCAAGUAUAAUAGCGAGCUACGUGAUAGUGCCAAACCCGCCAGAAGACCUGCAGGUGGUUCCCGAUGUACCUCUGGACGAGGAGAAGGAUAAAGAAGAGAAAGAGAAAGCGGCCGCAGCACAUAGUAGCCAAGUGGAAAGGAAGCCGUUCAUCACAAUCCCGGAGAGUGGUGGCGAGAGGGCACCGAACACCAACGAAGAGCUCGGUGUGUUCUGCGUGCCAUUGCCCGAUUUCUUCGCGCUCAACUUCCCGGGGGGGCGGGCGCCGCAAAGCGGGAUCAUCAUCCAGCCCGCUCACACGGUAGACUCGUCGUCCAUAACUUCUCCGAACAGCAACCAGCGUCAGAUCACGGUCCAGAGGAUCGGGAGGGACGCUAGGCCGCUGCUGCCCUGCGAGAUCGCCCGCUACCAGCACAUGUUCGCGUCCGGCCAGCGAGCGGAGAGCCGGAGGGCGGAGGCCCAGGGCUUCGCCCCCGAGGGCAGGCAGGAGCGCCCCGAGGAGUCAAGGCUGGGGGCUCUCGCUCGCAGGAUGCCCCGCUUGAGUGCGGUCGCCCCCAGGAGCCCUACAGAUAUCAGAUUGAUCCCUUGGUCCGAGAGGGCGAGGAAUGGCGAUCGUCCCCUCGACCAGGACUACGUGCUCCGCCUCCCGGCCUCGGUGCUGGAUGGCUCAAGGAUCGCGACCAGGGUCCUCAACCCAGCGUAUCAGCCCAAUGCCGACCCGGCAAACCACCACCGGCCCCCGGUCGAUAGCUCCGAGCUGGACUACAACUAUUCCGGC